ACAUGCUCAUAAAACUAAAAUUUUCCAUCAUCAAUUCAUCGUUGUUUGUGGCAUUCAAAUCAAUGGCGUUGCAACAACAACAACCAACCAAUUGGUACACUUCAGCAUGCUAAAGAUUUAUGUGACUGUCACGAAGGAAUCAUCACACAAAAUUUAGAUUAGAAAGUGUAGCGAACUUUACUGCAAAGAAGAAGUCUAUAAAAAUCGAUUUGUGGUCCAGACAAAUCCGUCUUGGUGCGGUGUGUAUGAUGGAAUGUGUGUUCUCAGUUAAAAAGUAAAAAAUUGAAUACACAAGGACACUUUACUACUUGCGCCAUUAGUUCUCUCCCCUAACACUAUUAUUUGCUCUGUCACUCUCUCCGCUCUGUAAAUAUGCAUAUCUUUCCUUUUUAUUUUGUUUUUGUAUUGUAUUUAAAUAUAUUUUUAUAUUUUACAGUUGAAUUCUGAUUUCAGCGUAUUUCUUACGGUCCACUGCGUCAAUGUCUGCCGUAAGAACACUAAAAUUUUCUAAGCUAAUAAAUCAUGGUUGUGUUCGUUUACUCUUAUUGUAGACAUUUAUAACCUUAGAAUUUUUCUUUAAUCAAAUUUAAAAACUAUUAUUUUCUAUUAAGGUUUUAAAAAAUAUUGGUAUAACUGGAAACUUGAAUCAAUCUGACACAACUAACUGCUUUUUCAUAUUAUUUUUAUGUCCAAAUUAUACCUAAAGUGUCUUGAACACUAUAUGCGAUCGGGUGCAUAAAAGUACAUCCCAUCUUCUAGCUCUGCAAAGAUAUUUUCAAAAGUUUGUUAUAUUCCUUUUCUCAAAAAUUUUCACAAUGUGUGCAGAUAGGAAUUAAAGCGUAUUCAGCUGCUCUAUUAAAUUCGUUAUUAACAAGUCUACAUCUUAAGGUUCAGUUAUUGAAGAGACCAAACAUUGGGUAACAAUAUCAGAUAAUUAUUUACUAUUUUAUUUCUGUGUUGUAGUCUUGUAUUCCCCUCUCUUAUAAUCCACAUAAACUAUUAUUGUACAUUAAGCUUUGAAGAAUUUUUUUUUAGGUUUUUAAGUUGUUCCAGGACAAACUUGAAAAAAUUGGUGGUAAACAAUUUAUAAUUAAGAAUAAAGUAUCGGUGUCACGAUUAAGGUUACAUCCACUUGUGAAUUUCAAAAAGUCCACUUUUUUGUUUGCAUAUACAUUAGGGUGGAGCAAAAAAAACUUUUUUCUAAGCCUGAGGGUAAAAUUUUUUGAUUAUAAAUAAAUAAAAUUUUUGGAAUAAAAAAAUGUUUUUGGUUUAAACUCUUCACAUUUAUAUAAGAAUUACCGAAUUGACGGUUUUUGACUCAAUAUUUAUUUUAACGCUUAAGGAAAGCAUGUUCAUUUUUUUUAAGUUGAUAACUUUUAAUUGGCCACAAAGAGGACUCUCCUCAGCUUCUAGAACACUUAUCAAACAUUUUUUACGAAUUAAAAAUUUUAACUCGAAAUUUACUUUAAAAGUGAGUGGUGAUUUUUUUUUCGCUUCACCCUAAUAUACAUAUAUCGAAUAAACUUACUUACCCUCCACAUGUCCUGCACACAGAACUUAAUCUGAAAACAUAUCCGGCCACCGGUUUACAUUCCACGAAAACGUUUUGCUAUUUUUUCUAACCAUGUUCUUUGAUAUAAAAAACCUUAAAGUAGAUUUAAGGUUAUUUAAUAAAAAAAAAAGAUCUACAAGUAUUAUGGAAACCUUUAUUUUGAUUGGUCUGUUUGUAUGGCAACUAUAUGACGACAAAUGAGCAGCUUCUUGUAGAAAACGAGUCGUGUGCAAAAUUUUAAAACGAUAUCUCAAAAACUGAGGAACUCAUUCGUGUAUAUACAGACAUACAAACGAACAUAUCUUAAACGGAGCAGCUCAUCAUGUUGAUCAUUUAUAUACAAUAUACUUUCGCGGAUCUCCGACGUUUCCUUCUGAGUGGCAAACUUAAUAUACCCUGUUCAGCGGUGAAUAGAAUAGUGACCAUUGAGUAAUAAUCUUAAAUUAUACUAUAAUUAUAUAUACUUGUAUAAUAAGAGACCGAGAAUGUCAACAAGUUGUUCUAAAGUUUUGCAUUAUUUAUUACAACUGAAUCUCAUUUAAAAAAAAGUUGUUAUUAUAACUUUUUACAAUAUUGAUUUAUGAACCCGAGAACCUUAUAUUUCCUGCACCCAUUUAACUAAGUCUACUAAUUUAUUAAAGUUCCUUUUGUGUUGAGUCAUAAACAUUUCUAAUUGCUUUGUGGUAACCCUGUAGUGUCUACUAAACUCGCCGUAAUCUUUUAUUUUUUAAUUUUAAUUAUUAUUUUUUUUGCAAAAACUUUAACCUGACUCAUGGCCGUUGGCGCCACACUCACCAAAUCAACUAAAUUUGCGCUGCUGUUCACGCCGCUUACCGCUCGCCGAUCGCCGUUCCUUUGUGCCUCGCCAACAAUGUUUGGCCGGCUUCGCUUUGCAUUAUUUCCACUAUACUGAUUCAUUAAUUCGACGUUUUAUCAUAGUUUCCAGCAUAGCUCAAGCGUGAAAUUCGUUUGCAUUUGCAACAUUUGUUAUAAGUCUACAAAGUCUACAAAGUAUGCGUCUUUCCGUGUGUCCUUCUACCAUAGAAUACAAUGAAAAUGAAUGAUAUGGCAUUUGCCUUGCGGGUAGCACCGUUAAAGUGCCAACAACAACAGCAAGUAGCACUGACUCCGCACGACUAUCAGCACUAAUACUACAGCAAAUAGCCGGCGGCAAAGAUAGUACAAAUAGUGAAAUUAGCAGAAGUGUAUUGUGCGACAACAACAAUAGCAACAACAACAGUAACAAAUGGAAUCAAAACAACAAUUGGAAUGGCAGUCUUAAACUGCUUGUACCACGCAGCAGUAGCACAUAUUACGUGAACUCCACGCCACCAUACGCCCCGCUCCGCUAUCGCACAAAAUUUAUUAUUCUCGUUACUGCAGACAGCUGUAAUACGCUUCCAAAGCCGGCAGUGCCAUUUGACAUUGCAUUGCUCACGGCCAGAUUUAGUAGAUUUGGACAUUACCAUUGGUAGCGGAGAGUGGUGGAGGCAGGGAUAUGACUGUUAUAAGGGAGCUACAGGCUACAGGCAGCGUGGUCGCGGUGCUCGUUGCGGGAUCACUCAGGAUGAGCUCUGCUAAGGCUGUGUGCGCUAGUUUACUUCCGCUUCGCGUUGCUCAUCCAGCAUUUACGAGUUUGACUAUUUUUACGACUUGUAUCGAAAUACCAUGCGUCUACGUUGCGCGCUCGUCUUCGUCUUGCGUUUAUACUUCCGCUGUGCGCCUGUCCACGCUCGAAUGCUUGACGUUUGCUGCACAUUUUUUUGGGUGCAAAGCGGAAAUCACUUUAAUGCAAUUGAGUUGAAAUUGCUGCGCAUUUCCAUUUCGUCGUGCUCACUACUUUGCCAUAGCCAGCUUCGAGCUUUCGCACAAUGCUAUGACUGAUUGAAAAAUGAAUAAGUGAGUGAUGAGCGGAGAAUACGAUAUGCGAGCUUAAGUUUGGAAUAAGUGUAUGGAUGUACACAUUAGGGCGGUCUGAAAUCAACUGAAAAAGAGGGAGUUUUUUUAGUUCUCUAUUAACGAGUAUUCUCGUAUUUGAAUAUGGUUAAGGCUGUCUCUCAAUACGGGGUCACAUUGAAAUCUCUCAAUGGAGACACGAAUAACAUAUUUCUAUUUCAUCUAUCAGGUAGUUUUUGGACCUAUUUUUAUGCCCUGAACAAAAUAUAUUAAGUUUGUCACGAAGUUUGCAAUAUCCAAAAGAUAGCCUCGGAGACCCUCUCAAUAGUUUUUGAGAUAUCGACCUGAAGUUUUGCACACGUCUUUUCUUCCCAAUAAGCUGCUCAUUUGUCGAAACCGCCGAUAUCGAAUCAAUAUAGUAUACACAAACAUAGUUCCCAUACAAACUGAAUGAAAAAAAUCAAGUUCAUUUUCUCUAUUUUUUUGGUACGGUAUAAUCUUAGAAUAAGCUGUUCAGAUGAGACCACUGCAGCAUAUAUGUAGCUUCUAUACAAACUGACCGAUCAAAAUCAAGCAUGCAAACUUUGGUUAAGGUUUUUUUUGUUUUCAACUUUUUUCGAGUGAGACCCAAUACAAAAUAUGAAAUUGGACUUCGCUGUCGGAUGUUUUGGGUAUUCUGAGCUGAGUCUUCUGUAUGAUACGAAGUUUUUGGCCAUAAUUAUGUUAGAGAUUUUUCCAUUAUUCCGUUUAAGGACCAUCCUAAUUCUUUUAUAGAGAUGGAAGCAUCUCUUCCUCGCUGACAAUGGCUAUAAUUUUCAAACAUUGAAAUAUCUUAUAAAUGGAUUAGUCGUAUGAAAUGAAGAGAAGAAGACACACAGGGAUUAGUGUGAGUGAGCAAACACACAAAAAAAAAAAAAAACUAAAGCAAAAACAAAUGCUUGGAGUAUAGUUACAAAGGAAAUGCAUUCGUGGCGCUCUUAACAUCCGUUAGUUUUCCGCUCACAUUUUUUGUUUGUCUUACAUCUCAUUUUAAGUGUAUUUUGUUUUAACUUUGUUAUUCGCUGUUGCUGUCAUUUAAAUUGCUAUUUUUGUGUUUUGCACUUAUUCCUUUCAUUGUUGCUAUUGUUGAUCUUAUCAGCUUCUAAUUCAACAAAGUGCUGAAGAGUUCAAUAAAAGUUUCACUGCAUAUUCGUUUGUACUCGCUAUUGUAGUCGUAAAUUGACAGCUUAGAAACUGAAUGGAAAUGAAAAAUAAGCUCAGUGCUUUGUAAACGACCACAGUAUUAAUUUGAAUUGUCGUUUUCAAUUGAAUUUCGAAUUCUCUUACCGAAAUGGAAUAUCGAAUUGCUAUCACGGCUGUCAUUAUGAAGAUGUCUAUUUGGAAUUAUGCUGAUCACAGCGUAAAUGCUACACCAGGGUCCUGCCACAUAUAUGCACCUGCCAUCUACAGCAAGACCGUAAGCGUCAUUAAUUACAAUUUCAAAGAUGAGGCCACCAGCCAUGCAAACAGCCGCGCUGCAGCCGAAUAUUGAGUUGCACAACGACACACAGCGUCAGCGUCUACUACAACAGCAGCAACAACAACAAAACGUAGCACAACUACAGCAGCUUCCACUACACUUGCGACAACAACAGCCGCAGCAGCUACAGCUACAACUGCAAUACCAACAACAACCGCAAACCACGCCACUGACACUACUCAACCAGUCCAGUUACGAUACAACAGCGGCGGCGACAGCGCAACUAGCGCGCAACAAAUACUACUUUGAACAACACGAGUUCACAGUUGAUAAACCGUUGAAUUUUGUUGCAACCACAACAACAGCGUCAUCGAAAGAAGCAGUGAAUUUAAAUGUGCGCCGAAGUUCCACAACAUGCGCUGCAGCGUCCAUUAAGCUGCCCGUAGUCGAUGAGAAGUCUAGGCAGGAGCAAUUAUUGCAACGCCAACACGCGCAGCCACAAGCGCAGCGCCAACCGCAGGGCGCCAGUCUUGAUUACAUACAAUUGCUGGACUUGAGCACUUCUCCGCCACAUGAGCCAAUCUAUCCGUUGCAAGGUAGCGUGUCUGCGUACUUGCCGCAACGGUCUUUAGCAGAUGUGCCACCGCCAUAUCGACGCGCAUCCGCAGCCAGUGUGGCACCAGUGCCAACGCAUCGCACCUCCUACGCCAGCCAAUAUUCGCGCUCCUCGUCGAGCGAGGACGGUUCGAUAGGCGGCAUUAGUGCUGCGCCUUUCUCGAACUCCUACACGCGCGCCAACAACGCGCAUGCAUUCGACGACGCGGCCGAGCAUUUCAUAAUCAACUUUCCAGCCGCAGACUCACCGUCGCACAAUCAGAACGAUUGUGUUAUAAAUUUGCCGCUCUCCGAGACCGAACCGUUGCUAACGAACAUCGAGGCCACAGUUGUGGAUAAGCAGCGCUCUAUACGUCUGCCGAAGAGUAGUGCCUCAUUGAUAUUCACGAAGAAAGAUCUGUUGCCGCAACGUACUGCGUCUGUGGCACCAUACCAAGCUGCCAAUACGAAUAAUAAUUGCGCAACGCAACAAAAACAACAGCAAUCGAAGCAGACGAAACGCAAUCAACCCAAACAACAACAACAACAACAUCAUCUACAUCAAAGUCUGAGUUUGCGCUCGGCUAACGAAUACGCCACGCGCAAGCCCGUUAAGCAUCUACCCGCCUCAUAUCAGCAACAUCAGCCACACCAACAACAGCUGCAGCAGCAACGCCGUAGUUUACAAUUAAAUUACAACAACAAUCUGGUAACCACAUCCACGUGCUGUAGCGCGAACAACAACUACUGCAGCAACGCAACGGGCAAGAGUGUUAGAGCGCCCAGCGCCAACAGCGGCGGCAGCAAGAGCGUUGGUGCUGUUUUGCAUAAACAUCAUCAGCCGAGCGCUGCAAUAAACGCUGCAGUGCCAAAAGGAGAAGAACAACAACAACAAACUGGUCAAAUUAACACAAACACGGCUGCAACAACGCGCAAGCAACACGCGUACUCUUGGUACGCCCCGGUUUACACUGCACUCGAGGAGGAACUGGAACAAGAUUCUAGGGAUUCUUCGCCAAUCCACAACCUGGCCAACACAAAGAAACAACACCUCAACCACUAUCAACAGCAACGGUCCUCACACAACUCUUCGACGGCGGCCGACAAUGAGACCGUUGCGCUGCUAGAGACGCGCAACCAAGUCAACAUACAGGCGCAGCUGCAUGCGCAGGCCAACAGCCACGCCCAUGCGGGCAAAGACGACAUCGGCAUCAGUGCUGUUGGUGGCGGUAUCGGCGUUGGAAGUGGCAUCGCAGUUGCACGCAACGCCAAAUACGAAACGAAGAACUCAGGCCUGGCGAGACGUACAAAUGGUGGCGGACCACAAGCACCUUCAACAUUACCGCUGUCGAACGCACAUAAUGCCGUUAUGCAGGCCGAGAUGUCCGGUGGCGAGAGCGGCUACGCAGAGCAAACAACAGUGCCGAUGAAUGGAUUUGAAAGCGAUGUUGGGCUGGCAAACUCUCUGAGUGGCACGUUGCCGCCACGCAGGCGCAUAGAGAACUUUCUGAAAUCGCUGGUGGGACGCAAGUCGUCCAACGCGCGCAGCAAUAGCGGCAACUCGAUUAACGGUGGCAAUGUUGACGUCAUGAAUUAUCGCGCAGAAAAUAUUGUCUCAGAACAGCCUAUGCCCUCAUCGCCGGAGAUAAAGAUUACGCGAACGCCUUCGGAGCAGAACAUGGUGCUAUUGCGUGAUACUACGCAACGCGGGCGUCAAUAUAAGCAACAGUUGGCAGCGGCGCAGGAGCAGCGAAAGAGUGAUUGUGCUGGCGAUAAGGUAGCCGUGAAUGGUGCAAUGCAGGGCAGCACAUCAUCACUGAAUGUAGUGCAACAGAAAUUGUGGAAUAUCAUGCGGCGUGAGGGCAGCGCGGCUAGUUUGUACCACGAGAAGUCGCACUCGAUAGUGCAGUACCGCGGCCUGCGCAAGUGUGAGACUGUAUUGGCGCUGACACGGCAAACUAACUCAUUGUGCUCACCAAUAUUCGGUGGCAGCGCGGCGGCACAUGUGGGCGCUAGCGGCAGAAACAAUGGUAGCGGUAGUAAUGGCGGUGGUGGUGUGGCGCGGCACAAUAGUUGUAGCGCCGGUGGUGGUGGUGGUGCGUGCGGCAGCAGCAACGGCAUGCGGCGCACACACACCACUGGUAGCGGCAUCUUCAGUGCAAGUGGCGUGGAACAAAUACGCCCAUUAAAUCGGCUACGAAACAGCGUUACGAGCAUAAAUGCCGCAGCGACAUGCUCGCGAUGUUCAAGUUUACUGUCGCUGGCCGCUUCAGGAUCGCGCUAUUCACUCAAUGUGGCGGCGAAUGCAGGCAUUGCUGGCGCUUUCGCACCGGCUACUGCCACGCAAAUGCCCACAUCUGCUUCACAACAACAGCUGCAAGCGCUGGCAGCGACGCUUGAUUACAAGCCACCGCCGCACUCUUCACAACAACAUCAACAACAGCGCGAAUGUAAAAUUAGCAACGUAAGCAGUAGUCAGUUAAAUAGUAGUAAUUAUAUUGUAUUAAGUAGUAAUCGCAAUGCUGAUACCACUGUCGUCGAGCACAAUGCCGGUGGCAGCGGUGCCGGCAACAGCAGCAGUGGUAAUUGUUCCCGUAAAAGCUCGGCCGAUGCGCCAAGUACGCACAGCGCGAGCAGCAUCACACCGCCGUCCAAUAUGACCACGGCUACGCUCACCUCAAGCAUCACAUCGCCGCAUGCUAGCACACCCACAACGCCCGUAGCAGCAGCAACAGCUUGCGCGUCAGUUGCAGCCUGCGUAGUCGCACCAGAUACACUAGUAAUCACACCCACCGCCAACGCCCCGCAAGCACCGUUAGCCAUGUCUCCAUACACGGCCAACACUAGCAACAGCAACAGCAACACCUCAGGCAUACUCGUCGAUCUGCCCUCAUCGCCAACCUCGCCGACAUCGGUCGCAUCGUCGGCUGGCACACCAUGCACCUCCGCUUCCUGCUCAUCGGCCACCACGCCUGCACCCACCUACGCAUUGCCGCCAACAUCGCAAACAUAUCCUUUCACCAUAACCUCCCUACUGGCGAUGUCAAAGACAACAAUGGCACGCGAUGCUAGCGGACGCUGUACGGGCGUUGCGGAUGACGAUGAUGCUGCGUUGACGAUAAAAAUUUCAUCUGCGGGCAAAUGUACAACGGACGUUUUCGACGGCAGGCACUAUGUAGUCCCGGCAGCAGUACCGUUGAAACGUUUCGAACCCUUCACAUGCAAACUGUGUUUGGUAGAUGUCGAAACAAAGGAGGAGGCCACCACGUUGCAGCAAUGCGGCUGCGAAUUUUGCACUGAGUGCAUGAAGGCCUAUGUGGACUUUGAAAUUACCGAAGGCGCUUACGAGAUCUCGUGUCCCGAUGCCCAAUGCCCGGCGCAAGGCAUUAUGACACUACCCGAAAUCGCCAACUUGACGACAACCAAUCUGAUGAAGAAGCACCAUCGAUACCGACUCAAUAAAGAAAUCGAAAUGGAUAAGACGCGCACCUGGUGUCCGCGCGCUGGCUGCGAAACGGUUUGCCUCGUUGGCGUGGGUCCCCAUUCCGAUGCCACACCAUCCACCUCGACCGGUGGUGGCAGUGGUGGCGCGCACACAGCCACUUUCACUGACUGUCAAGGCGCACAACAGUCGCUCUGCGCCGUUCAGUGUCCGUCGUGCAAAGAUGAGUUUUGCUCGGCCUGCAAGAAGGCGUGGCAUCCGAACAUGACUUGCGAGGAGAACAGUCGUCGCUUGGUGGCGGACGGUCAGGAUGACAUUGGCAUACCCUUCGACAAUGACCUCAUCAAGUGUUGUCCCAUGUGCGCUGUGCCCAUCGAAAAGGACGAGGGUUGCGCGCAGAUGAUGUGCAAACGUUGCAAGCACGUCUUCUGCUGGUACUGUUUGGCCAGUUUGGAUGACGACUUUCUGUUGCGUCACUAUGAUCGUGGUCCAUGUAAAAACAAGCUCGGACAUUCCCGUGCCUCUGUGGUGUGGCAUAGAGCACAAGUAAUUGGCAUUUUUGCCGGUUUCGGUAUAUUGUUAUUGGUCGCUUCACCACUGCUACUGCUGGCGGCACCCUGUAUUAUAUGUUGUAAAUGUCGUAGCUGUAGCGGUGCAAGAAUCGAUGAGGGAGAUGCCGAGCUGGACGAGGCGACAGCGUUACAAAGUCUUUAGAAGGCUUCGACGCAUCGAAAACCCGAAUUUGGACCAAAAAUGUAAGACACCAUCCAACUAACAGGCAAUUCUGAAGUUCUAUUCAUAACAUAACGGGAAAUGUUUAAAGUAAAAAAGUCACUUGCGAACCACUUAUUUGAUGAUUUUAUAUAAUAUGUAUCACAAUAUUAAUAUCAGUACAUAUGUAUCGAUGUGUAUGUAUAGUUAGCUAAAAGUAAAAAACGAGUACACAGAAUAAGCAAAAGCCUUAACCGACUUAACAAAGUUAUUUGUUUAAAAUUAUAAAUAUGUUGCGAAGUGUAAAAAUGCGAAAUCCCAAAAAACGUAAAACAAUAUUUUUCACUUCCGAUAUGCAAUAAACAACAACAAACACAAAUAUUAACUGCAUGUUGAAUGACGAGGGAUUUGUGGAGGAAUCAAUACUGAUUGGCUUUUUAUUUUCAUGCAUUACAUACAAGUAAUUAACGAAUUUUUACAAAUAUAUGCACAUGAGAAGACUUAUUUGUUACACACAUAUUUUUUAAAUAUGUAAAAGGUAUACUGGAUUUUAAAGAAGUUUAUACAAAAUUUUAUUUUUUACAUGGAUUUUUUUUAUUGCUUUUUUUGGUUUACCAUGAAAUUUUAAUAAAUUUUUUUUUAUGAAUAUUUUACUACUUCGUUUUUUUGCUAGGCAUGCAUUUUAGUUAAACCUUUUUUUAGUUGAAAUAAAUUUCGUACUAAUUCGAAAAGUAAUUGGAAAUUUUAAUUUAAAAAAUUAUUAAAACGAAAAUAUAUAAUAUUUAAUAUGAAAAUUAUAUCGCUUCCAAAAAAUUUUUUUCAUAAAAAUUAUUCUCAUAUUCUUACAACAAAGUGGCAACACCUUAAAAUAGGCUUACAACUUUUUAACAAAAAGGAAAAACUAAGCAGUCCUAAUAUCUUAUGACUAAAGAAGAAGCAAUUACUUUUUUAAACAUAAAAUUUUGAACACAGAUAUUGUUUACAUUUUUAAAAGCUCUGCUUUUUUUCAUUUUUUCGACGUAAAAAUUGGAUUUUUAGCUUUUAUCGAUAUUUUGCUAAUUUUUCUUAAAAAUUUUAUUUUUUGCUGGAACUAUCGAAGCAUCAAAAAGUCUGCACAUCAACAUUUUUAUUACAUUACAUAAUUUCCAUAGGGCUUAUGUACAUUAGGGUGGCCUUGAAAAUAAUAGGAAUGAAUUAUUCGGGCUCUCGUACUUAAUCAGUACUAACACUAAUUUGGUUGAAGAAUUUAUAUGUUAUGUUUUAAAUUAAAUCGAUUCAGAUGUAGCAAAGGAAUGUAAAAAUUCGGAUUACCCUAAUUAUAUAUAAUUGAGCCUUAAAUUAUACCUUCGAAUAUAUGUAAUAGAAUUGACUUGUAGUGUAUAUGAAAGUGUAAAAAGAAUUUGUUGCAAAACUGUACUUCUUAUAUUUAAGAGUCACCCUAACAUUUUUAUGUAUUCCUUGAAGUAAUUUUUUCACGUAUUUGAAAGUAUUCGAAAAAAAAUUUUUUUUUUUAAUUACAAAGUAGUUAUUUGAAACUAAAAUAUGUCAAAUAGUCGCGAAAAUGCGUUAAAAAGUUGUAGAAAUAAAAUAUAUGUUUUUUUUUUGCAAAGUACGCUCACCGACCGAUAUAUUUGGGAGUUAGUUAGUUCCACGCUGAAUUUCGUGAAAAGUAAUUAAUUUCAAGAAAUUGUGAAAAAUCUUAUUGAAAACUAAAAUAUGUAAUCAAUUAGUCGAUAUGAAUACAAGCGAAACAAUUUAUAAAAAUAAAAAUAAAAAAAUUAAUAUUCUCAGUGUACCCUCAGCGACCCACACAUUUGAGCUCAACAAGCGCGCUCUUUAUUGUUGAGGCAACUUCUAUGUUGAAUGAGUUAUUCUUUGAGGUAUGCGCUAACGGUACUCUACAAAAGAGUGCAAAUAAGCGAUUAUUAUCAUUACAGCGAUAGUGUUGAGCGCAGAAAAUCAAAUUAGACAUUAGGGUGUUACAUGUAUACUAUAGUGUAUGAUUAUAUCCAUGUACAUAUGUAUGUACAAUGCUUGUAUAUACAUAUAUACUUAUGUAUGUAUUGUACGUUAAGUAUGCAUUAUGCGUUAACUAAAUUGUGAUAUUUACAGUGAUUUGAUUUGUAAUGAAUGUUUUUUUUAUUAUUUUAAGCAAAUCGAUAGCUAAAAUAAAGUUAAAAGAACGUGAAAAUAUGGUUUGCUUUGUUAAUGAGAAACACAAACAAAAACAAAGAAUGUAUUGAUAAACAGUUUAUGAAAUACGUGUCUGUUAUUUGAAAAGUAAAUGGAAAAAUGUCAAACACAAGCAACUUGUGUGCAGAAAAACCCUUAGUACAACCCAAGCUUGCAAUAAUUUUCUACAAAAAUGCUUUGCCAAACUUUGCAAAUGUUUUAUAAGUGAAAAAAUAAAUAAAAAAAAUUAUGUGUGUUAAAAGCAGUUUAAUGUUACACAAUUGUAUAGAAAGCACUCAUUUUUUAUAUGAAACAAAAAAAUUAAUAAUAAAUUAGCAUUUAAUGAACAAACGAUUCAAGUAUUUAUAUUAAAUAUUACUAAAUGAAAGCUUUUUUGAUUUGUUGAUUGUAUAUAACAAAGAAAUAUAUAUAUAUAUAGUAUAUAACUACUUUCGACUUCAUUUUUAACCUUUAUUUAUAAGAGCAACUGUAUAUACAUUAGGGUGUCCGUUAUUUUCUCAGUUGAUUUUUUUUUGCAAAUGUCCCCGAAGUUUUAGUUUUCGUCUUAAAAAAUUAUACAACAGAAACAAGUUUUAUAUUUUCAAUUUAAACCGUUUCUAAAUCAAUUUACCUUCCCAUAUAUUAAUUAUUUUUGUUUAUGUAUUUAUCUCUAAAUAAAAUACACCUACAACAAGAGAAUAUUAGAAUACAAAAUUUUCCGCUCUGCAAAAAAGUUUUUAAUGACUUUUUCAUAAAAACAUUCGUGUAGAAGUUAUACCUUCUUAAAGUUAUGCAUCAAAUGUACUGAGCAUUCAUACAAGCGAAUGAAAUUCUGUGUUGCUCAUACGCCAUGGUACCCUAUGCAUGAUCAGUACACUUGAUGUAUAAUUUUAACUGCUUAGAACUUUUAGAGUAGCGAAAAAAUUCAUCACGAACUUUAUUUAAUGCGCUAAAUUUUGUAUUAGAAUAUUCUCUCUUCAAGGUUGUAGGUUUACUUACAAAAUAUUAAAAAAUCCUAUAUAAAAUACAUAGAAAAGGUAAAAGGAGUUUGGCAUGGUUUAAAUUGAAAAUAAAGAAGUUAUUUACAUUUAUGAUUUUUUAAGACAAAAACUGAAACUUCAGGGAAACUUCAGACACCGUAAUAUACGUACAUACAUAUACUAUAUAUGUAAAUAACGACAUAAUAAUAUUGAAAUUUAAAAAUAUUAUUAAAUUGCCCUACAUCUAACUAACUAUAAACUUUAAAGUAUUACAAAACUACACAUACUCUGAAAUAUAAUUUUAUUUUAUUAUAACUGUUAAUAUUUCGAAAGCGCAUAUACGUUGUUCUAUAUGUAUAUCAAUAUAAUAGCACUACUAAAAUAUAAGCGCAAAUAUAUAGCACUGCAGCUAAAACAAUAUAUAUAUAUGUAUAUAAUUUAUUAAGCUAAAAAUAAAAGGUAAAAACAAAAUCGAUAAAAAAAAAUAAAAAUUAAAGACAUUUAACGAAAAUAUUUCACUUAAAACUUAUUAAUACUAUAAUAUAGUAUAUACUAUAAAAAUAAUUAUAUACUAAGCUUAUAUACAUAGUUACAUAGCCUAGCAAUUAGCUUAUUUAAAUGAAAUUAUAGCUAGCCACGCUCAUAUACAAGUAAAUAUGUAAACACAAUCAGUUAUAUAUGAAGAUAUAUUUAAUAAAAUACUAUUAUUAGCAUAAAAUAAUAAAUAAAUAUUUCGAAAUGCAUAUGAAGUGUAUGAUAUAAUACAUAAACAGACGUAUAUAAGACGUAUACGGCGUAAACACAUAUUUAUAUAUAUUUAGUAUAUGUAUGUAGUUAAUUAAUUUACAUAUAAUCAAUUCGUAUAGCAAAGAACAAAAUUUAUUAUAGACAGAUGAGAAAACUGAAAAUUAUGCAUCUGCAUGUGUAUAUGUAGGUAUGUAUGCGUGUAAAUGCAUAUGUCGGAGUGUAUGUAUGUACAUGCGUGUUUAAAAGUUGUUGAAAGUAUGCUAAAGUUAGAUAUUGUAUGCUUGUUUGUGGUUUGAGUCGCUGUUUGAAUUGUUUGUACUCGCCUCAUGGCAAAAAAAAAUGCGAAGCAACAACAACAAUGUGUGUGUCAACAAAUACUGCAUUGUAUUUGCUUAAUGAAUUUCUGUAAUUAGAAAAUUAUAUAUAUAUAUAUAAGUUUGUUUAGUUUUUAAUGAUCAUUAUUGUAUGUACACAAGUUCAGCUACUAUUAGACACUAAUACCGAUGAUUGAUUGAUUGAUUGAUUGUAUUGUUCUCGAUUUAGCCGAUCUUAAUUACGGAAAUACUUAUUUAGAAUUGUAAAUGUAUUUAACUAAAUAAAUUAUAUAUAAAUAUAUAUAGUAUAUACAUGUAUAAAUUUACAUAUAUAACAAAAUUGAAAUUUAAAAUAAAGAAUACACAAAAAAUGUGGAUA